AUGGAAUCCUUGCAAACCUCGGUCUCCAUUCAAAACGAACAAGCACCAUCAACGAAGAGUAAACGAGGAGGAUGGACUACCUUCCCCUUCAUUAUAGGAACUGUGAUGGGUCUGACACUAGCAGCCGGUGGGUGGUCAUCGAAUUUGAUAGUAUUUUUGAUAACUGUAAUGAACAUAAAGAGCAUUAAUGCAACGCAAAUCAACAAUAUCAUCCUUGGUUUCUACAGUCUCUUUCCCAUUGCCGGAGCUGUCAUUGCUGAUUCUUUCUUCAGUUCCUUCUAUGUCAUUUGUGUUUUUGCCUUUGUUUCUCUACUGGGGGUGAUCAUGCUAACACUAGCAUCUACAAUCCAUUCCUUGAGACCCCCAGCAUGUGGGAUUGGAGCAUUUGCUUGUGAAGGCCCAUCAAAGCUUCAAUAUGCAGUACUCUACGUGGCAUUAGCAUUAGCUUCAUUAGGACUUGGAGGCACACGGUUCACAAUUGCAACUAUGGGAGCAGAUCAAUACAAUAAGCCAAAUGAGCAAGGAACUUUCUUCAGUUGGUAUUUCUUCACUUUGUACCUUGCCACUGCCAUAAGCUUCACGGCUAUCAUCUAUGUUCAGGAUAACGUGAGCUGGGGCUUAGGGUUUGGCAUUUGUGUUAUCGCUAAUGCCAUUGCCAUAGCUGUUUUUUUGUUGGGAAAAAGGUUUUAUCGCCAUACCAAGCCCAGAGGAAGCCCUUUUGUGAGCAUUGCUCGUGUAUUGGUUGCAGCAAUUCGGAAACGAAGGAAACUGAAAACUUUUCAAACUCAGCUAGACUAUUUUCAUGGAGACAAUACAAAGGAAAUUAGCAGUCCAACUGAGAGUUUCAGAUUCUUGAAUUGUGCGGCACUAAGAAUUGAAAGUGACAAACAAUCAGAUGGCUCCUGUUCAAUCUCCUGGUGGCUAUGUACAGUGGAGGAAGUUGAGGAUCUCAAAACCCUGAUCAAAAUCCUGCCACUAUGGUCUAGCAGCAUCUUUUUGAGUACUCCUAUAGCUAUGAUUAGCAGCCUAACUGUCCUCCAAGCCCUGACCAUGGACAGACACCUUGGACCACACUUCAAAAUCCCUGCUGGGACAUUCCUGGUAUUUACCCUUGUAGCCACGAUACUCUCAAUCUACAUCAUUGAUCGUUUCUUACAGCCUAUGUGGAAAAAUUUGACCCGAAGAUCAUUGAGACCACUCCAACUAAUUGGCAUUGGCCAUGUCUUGAACAUAUUUGCUAUGGUGGGAUCUGCCUUGGUGGAGACAAAGAGGCUCCAUGUGGUUCGAACCAGUCACCUCAGCGGGGAACCACCCGGUUCAAUCGUGCCAAUGUCAGGUUUAUGGCUUGUGGUGCCACUAGCCAUUGUUGGGGUUGGUGAAGCGUUUCAGUUUCCAGGACAAGUUGCUUUGUAUUACCAAGAAUUUCCUAAGUCAUUAAGAAGUACUUCUACUGCUAUGAUAUCGUUGCUCAUUGGGAUUGGAUAUUAUCUAAGCACAGCAUUAACCGAUUUGAUACGUCGGUCUACAGGAUGGUUGCCUAAUAACAUCAAUGACGGGAGAUUAGAUUAUGUAUUUUGGUUGUUGGCAGUGAUAGCCGUGGUGAACUUUGGAUACUAUCUAUUAUGUGCAAAAAAAUUUAAGUAUCAAAACAUUGAGAAUCAUGAGAACGAGACUUAUGAUUCUGGAGCUACUUAA